AUGGCUAGAGUUAAGAGACCCGGCAACAAAAACAAAAAAGAUAGUUCUUCAUCCUCCUCUCAAUCAUCAAAACGCUCACCCUCUCCACAAAUUGCUCCUCUUUCCAAAGACAAAUCAGGUACUAAAUCAUCUUCUUCCACUUCUUUCAAAUUCCUUCCAGAUCACGAGAAUGAGAUUGAAGUCCAAUCAAAUCCUUCAACUCAAAAUGCUCCCAUCAAUCCACCACAUAUCUCUCAAUCAAACCAACCUAUUGUUGAAACCGUUCUUCCACAACAAUCACCACCAACAACUGUUCAUAUCUCUGAAGUGUUGAUUAGAGCCAUUCCAAUCACUUGUAAAACUGUCACAACAAGCAUUGAACCCAUUCAAUGUUCUCAAACCUUUGCUGAAACCACAAAUGAAGUUCCACAAGUAACUGUCACACCUCUGCCAAAAACUAAAACCGUCUAUAGUUCGAAAUCCAUUCCAAUCCCUACCAAAACCAAAAAAUCAAAGUCUCUUGAGUUUUCAAAAGUUAGAAAGUCAAGAAGAUUAGCCUCAGGAUCUGGACGAAAACCUGCAAUAGACAAGACUGUCUAUUCUCUCUCUGAUGAUGACUCAGAAAAUACUCAACCGGGUUCACCACAAGCUAAAUCUGUUCCUGAGAUUAAAACUUAUUCCAAAAGACCCUCUUCAUCCAAAACAAAACCCAAACCCUCAAAAAGGUCAGAAUCUUCUGAGGAAGAAGACAUCAUGAUCCGUAAACUCAAACAUUCUGCACCCCUCAUUCAUGAGGACUGUCAACAAAGCUUUGAAAUCUUUGCCAAGAAAAAACCAAUUCUUCCAGGCAGAGUGUACAACUUUGAUGAUCUUGUCAACACAAAUCAUGACCUAACCCAGUUCACUAAUCCUCUUGGUUGGACAUCAUUGUUCAACAUCAGAGAAACCCAUUACCCAAACCUUAUAUCAGCUUUUUACUUCAAUGCUGUUAUUCCCUCAGAUAGAAACUCCAUAGUUUCUGAGCUUAAGAAAGCUAAAAUCAAGAUAACCGAAGAUUUGCUUGGAAAACUGUUAGAUAUUCCAACCACAUGUCACAAAUUGUAUGGAGAAAGCUGGUUCUCCAUGGCAGGAGUGAGUAAGAACACUCUUAUGUUUGAAAUUUAUGAACCUGGAACCAAUCUCACAAAGAAUCCACCCUCAUCCAAGCUCAAACAUGUGUUUAAGAUGUUGCACAACAUGUGUUUACACUCCAUCUUCCCAAGGAAAGGAAGCAAGGACAAAGUCACUGAUAAUGACAUGAUGAUUAUGUAUCACAUGUUCAAUAAGAUCCAACUAAAUUUACCAUAUGUCAUGGUUCAACACAUGAUAUACACCAUAGAAAAUGAAUCUAAGAGAGUCACCCGUCCUUAUGGCAUGUUCCUAACUAGAGUUUUCAACAAGUUCAAAGUGAGUUUUGAAGGAGAAGAAGGAAAAAAUUCGUCUACCACAUUCUCUCUAAAGAAUGUUGGAAGAAUGAAAUUCAUUGGAGAAAUUGUUGAGGAUCACACCAUUCCUGAUCAAGGCCAGAAAAGAAAAAGAUGUUGUAAGUGA